AAGAAGAAAAGCAUGAAGAGCAAAGAUUUUUUGAUGAACCUGAAAUCGAGAAAGCAAAUCUUCAGCAUGAAACAUCUCUAAUAAUAGAAUUGCAACCUGUUCAAGAAUUGCCUAUUCACAAAGAAGGAUUUCUAGAUUUAGAUGUAGAAGUACCAUGGCCAGUUCGAUUUCCAUAUAAUAAAGAGUAUCAAGCUAAAGAGAUAGAUUUGGCUAGUGUAAUAUUAGGAGCAGAAAAUGAAGAUGAAGCUAUGCAGGAGGUAUAUUUACAAUGCCUAUAUCAGAAUUAUUCAGAAGAAGAAGAAAUCAAUAAAAUCAUAAAAUUGGUAGUAGAUGCUUAUAGAGCAUUCGAAAAUGAAGAUGAAGCUAUACAGAAGCUAUUUUUACAAUGCCUAUAUUGUAAUUAUUCAGAAAAAAAAAUCAAUGAAACUAUAAAAUUGGCAGUAAAUAAAAGAUAUAAAAACUGGUUGAGAUAUGUGGAAGAUCAAAUAGAAUCAAAAAAAAUCGAAGCUGGAAUGACUGAAGAGCGAGCACAAAGAAUAUUAAAUACAAUUGAUAAUUAUGAGUAUUUAAUAAGAGUAAAAUUCAUUCGAGACGAUACAGUAAUAUCAGUUGAGAAAACAAAAAAAGGCUUUAAAAUUAUUAACAAAUAUGAGCCUAUUCGUGAAUCAAAAAAAGCAGGUGGGCAUGGACUCACAGAAAUUUGUCGGCAAAAAAUAAAUGAUUGGGAGAAAAAAAUACGCAUUCCAGGUGCUCGAGUACAAGAUGUAGCAGAGUUAGAAAAAAUUCUUAAACGACUGAUUAAAUUACUUGAUAUAACUCAUGGUACUAUAUUUAAUAGUGGAAAGUAUCGAUCAGGACCUCAAGCAAUCUGGCUUAUGGGAGUGAGGGAUACGAGUCAAACAAUAUUCCAAUUUGUUCUAGAAGAUGAUUGGCAAUAUCAGGAAGGAAUAAUCAAUAAAGAAAAGAAAUCGAUUCUUUCAGAGUCUCUAAAAGUUGUUGAUUUAGCAGAGCAGCAUGGGCAUGGUGGAUACUGGAAUGCACCUGAUUAUCACGUCAAUGAUGUCGUAUGUAUCGAUAUGAAAGAAUGUUAUCCAGCAAGUAUGCAAGGUCAAGGAGAAUGUACACCAUGGUUCAAUAGGUUUGGACAUCUAUCACACUACCUUGUUCGAGUUGCAGUAAAUGGAGAAUUGCCGGAGGAUGAUAUCACUAGAUUUGCACAGGUAAGAUCUUUUAAAUUUGCAUCAAAUAUACAUUCAGCGAUUCCCAUCUGGUACAGAAAACAUUUUGCGUAUCAAAGUAGAGAAGGAUGUGGGAAAGCAAAAGGAUGGGCAUCUAUUAUACUUCUACGAUAUCUUCUUGAGGUUGGUAUUCUAGAAAGUGUGACUAUUGGAGAGGCAAUAAUUUCUCUUACUAAACAGACCAAAGUAUGGCUACCUAGAAAUCGAGAUAUUAGUUGUGCAAUUAUAGGUAAGUUUACACAAGGUGGCAAGAUUGAUGAAAAACGCCUUACUCAUCGACUUGUAACAGAUGAAGGUGAGCUUGAUUUCUUGAUCAAAGAUUGUACUGAUGCUAGAACUUUUGCCGGAAGAGAAAAAUGUUCACUCGGAUUCAUACUUACAUAUUACAAGGGACAUCAACCCCAAUAUACACAUUUGCGGGCCUCAAUGUUAGCAUAUGCGCAUAUUAAUUUGUUAGAGAUGCUUCGGAGAUUUGAUUCUAAUAAAGUAGUAAAGAUUGUUACAGAUUCUAUAUAUGUACGAAAAGAGGCUUUAUAUAAGAUCGAAAAUAUACCGGCAUUCUUCAAGCAAGUUGAGGUAAAGUCAGAUCCAAAUUUAUGUUCACACUAUCCUUCUUGUGCAAUGUGUACUGAUCCAGAAGAAUUCUUUAUUUCAAAAUCUGAAUAUGCAAAAUGGAUUAAAGAGUUCCAAAAAACCAAAACGCCUCUAGUAAAAUAUGACUGUAAAAGAUAUAAACCAUUUAUUUGCAGAUUUUGCUUUGCAGAAUGGUUUUAUAGACCAGACUCCUAUGCUCUUUUACAUCAACCAAAAGAACAAGAAAUCCGAGAAAUUCAACCCGAUCAAUGGCAUGACAAAGGUGAAAAAAUAUAUAGACCAAUUAUCGAUAUUGUAUACUGGCCAAAGAAUAGACAUUGGGAAUCGAUCAAAAAUAUUUCUGAAAGUACAGCACCCUCGAUUUAUGAUCCUAUUACAAGAUAUCAGAAAUCAUAUCUUAAUGGAGGAGGUGGUUUAGAAAAAACAACGUGCGCAAUUCGAAUUUUCAAAAAUAUAAACAUGGUUGUAUUUACUCAUACAAAUGCAUUAGCUAAAGAUUUUUGA